AUGGAUAGCGACGGAACAGCUAGCAAUGUGCAUUUGUGCGAUCCAUGCGAAUAUUUAAAGAUGAAGCCGAAAAAGUCGAUUUUGAAGAUCUUAGAAACAUUUCAUGUGAAGCAGCCAUCUUCGGAAGAAAAUAAGCGUCUUGCUGAAGAUCGAGCUCACUUUGAUGAAAUGAAUAUCAUAGCAACUCAUCAUCCUCAUAACAAAGAAUAUGGUCAUAUGAAAGUAAAUGAACCAAAAACUCCGUAUCACGGUUACAGUGAUAGCGAAGACGAUACAGAUAGUCAUACAUCAAAAGCGCCUCGUCGAGUUUCUCUGAUUGGAGCAGUUGAUCCUGUAAAACUGGCUGAAUGUCUUGAGACAGGUUCGUCAACUCAACCAGUGCAUCUUGUAAAGAGAUUCUCAGACGACGAAGAAGAAGUCGAGCUAACUCCGGAACAAAUUGCUCAUAAGAGGGAAUUUGAAGAGAAAAGAAAGCUACAUUAUAACGAGGGCGCUGCUUUGCUGCGUUCUAAGACAUCACUGAUUCAGGACGAAAAGAAUAUGGAGUAA